AUCACUACUCCCAUUCCUGCAAAUCGCUUACACUACAGCACAGACACAGAAAUUGGGGAAGUCAUAAUUUUACUGGACCAAAAUAACCCUCUCAAUUAGCUAAAAUCACAGCCUGCCCGCUGCAUCUCUCCAGGUUGGGAUUUUUGUUUAUUUAUUUUUUAAUAUUUAGCUGGGGUUUGGGGAUAAAUGAUCAAGCUGAGCUCCUUCUAAGCUGAGAGGAGUGGAAACUAUUCUCUGGAGCUGCUACUUGGUCAAGAAGAUGAUUAUUACUAAGCAGUACCGCUGCAUACACUCGGCAAGUUGUCUGUGCACAAAAGGGCAUCUAACUCAGGAAGUGAUAUUCCUACUUUUCCAGCAUCUGAAUUGGAAUCCAAAACUUAUUGCGACUCUUUCUUCUGUUUGUAAAUGGUUUGAUGACCUAGCCAAAAGAGUUCUUUGGAAGGAGUUUUGCAAAACUAGGGCUCCCAAGAUGAUGCUUGAUUUGGAAACUGGUGGGAGCCAUAGUGUUGAUGGGAAUUGGCGGGCACUUGGCAAGUUGCUUAUUUACUGUUCUGGAUGUACCAAGGGUGGCUUGUUCAACAGCAUUCACAUUCCUGGACACUUUGUUUAUAGGACGCGUUUUUCCAGGACAUCAGGAAAGAGCUUCUUGUUACCACAAUGCAGAACAGAUGUUCUAUAUGUAUCUGAUCCAUGUGAACAUCUUGACCAGGGAGAAGAGGGGGAUGUCGGAUUUUUCCGGGGAGUUUUUAAAUCUUUUGCGACUUCAAAGGUUCGUAAGUUGCUAAUCAAAAGGGAAGCCCCACUGCAUCCGACAGAGGUAUGCCCUUAUUGCAAGGCAAAGUUGUGGAGCAUGCUGCAAGCAAGGUUGAUACCAUCAAGUGCCAGCUGCAGAUUGGGCGCUUAUGAAGAUUGCAUUGAGUAUUACGUGUGCCUGAAUGGUCACGUUCUUGGAAUAUGCACCCUCUUGCCUUUGUCUGAUUCGGAGGAAGCAUCUGAGCUGGAGUAAGCGAAUGGAAUCAAGGUAAGCAAGCUAAAAGAUCUGGAAUGUUUGCUGGGUUGAAGAUUGGAAUGCUGAAAUAGUCGUAGAAAGAGUGAGAGAGGAGAAAGAGGUUUUGGUUAAACUGGCUUUUAGAUGGAUUUAUUUCCUCGAGAAAGUUCAGAUCUAGUUGCACAAAUUGUGCUGCACUCCUUCUGAGUUCUUCCGAUUGGGCAGCUCAUGAGAGAGCUACUUUCUAACCAUAAUCAUUCUUAGCCUGCGUGAACUUUGUAACUGUAUGUACAUUCUAAAACAUGUAUUUGAUCUUGAAUGCUAUAUUGAAAUCUGUAACAUUACAACAUUAA